CAAGGAUCCCCGCCGCCUCUUCGCUUUGCCCACUCAGGUUCCGCCAGGCUCGGCAUGCCCGUUAUCAAUGCACGCCUACCUCGCUAUCUUCUAUCUCACAGCCUUGGCACCCCCAAGCCUCGGCGGGGCGGCGUGGAGUAAGUAUUUAUUACACCAUGGUAUUCGCCCCCUUCGUUCGCGCUCCUCUCCUGCCCCAUCUUCUCCUCAUUUCUCCACUUCCUCUUACUUGGUAACUCACGAGUAACAUGGCAAAUCGUCGAGGAAGCCUCGAAGCUGCUGAUGCGGUGGACACGGAGAAGGCUGGCAGGCAUUACGGCGAGCCUCACUCUCUGGGAGAGCACGCGCGCGGGAAGCAGUUCUCGGUUACAGAACAAGAUGUCGGCCUCGUUCACGCCGACCAGAACAAGCUGCAUCGCCGUCUCAAGGGCCGUCACAUGCAGAUGAUUGCCAUUGGCGGUGCCAUUGGCGCUGGUCUUUUCGUCGGUACCAGCAGCACCUAUCCCAACGGUGGGCCUGGUUCCGUCCUUAUCGGUUUCAUCGUCGUUGGUAUCACGAUAUACUUGAUGAUGCAGGCUUUGGCCGAACUGGCCGUCAUGUACCCAAUCAAUGGAGCCUUCACCAUGUACAUUUGCCGAUUCGUCGAUCCGUCCUGGGGUUUCGCCUGUGGCUGGCAAUAUGGUAUCAACUGGCUCACGGUGCUGCCGUUUGAAAUCAGUGCCGCUUGCAACAUCAUUCACUACUGGAAUGGAUCUCUUAGUAUCAACAACUCCGCAUGGAUCGUCCCUCUACUAUUCCUCCUGAUCGUCAUCCAAUUCUUCGGAGUGCGGGGGUACGGAGAGGUGGAAUUCGCUUUGAGCAUGCUCAAGAUUAUCGCUUGCAUUGGUUUCAUGAUCCUCGGUAUCAUCAUCGACGUUGGAGGCGUGCCAACUGACGAUCGCGGCUACAUUGGCGUGCGCUACUGGAAAGCUCCCUACCAACCCUUUAUCAACGGAUUCCACGGCUUCUGCAGCAUCUUCGUCACCGCCGCUUUCGCCUACAACGGCACGGAGCUCACCGGUCUCGCCGCGGCGGAGGCAGAGAACCCUCGCAAGGAGAUCCCGCGCGCCAGCAAACAGGUGGUCUGGCGUAUCUUCAUCUUCUACAUUGUCAAUCUCUUCCUGGUGGGCCUGAUUGUGCCCGCCACCAGCCCCAUGUUCGACAACCCGGGUGGAGAGUCUCGCCGCUCGCCCUUUGUUAUUGCCAUCCAGCUGGCCGGCAUCAAGGUCCUUCCAUCCAUCUUCAACGCCGUCAUUCUCAUCUCGGUCAUGAGCGUGGCCAAUUCCUGCACCUUUGGUUCCACCCGUACAUUCCAGGCCCUCGCCGAGCAUGGAAUGGGUCCGAAGAUCUUCGCCUACAUUGAUCGCAAGGGUCGCCCACUCGUGGUCGUCGCGCUGCAACUGGUGUUUGGAUUGCUGGCAUUCAUCAAUCUGGCUCCCGACGGAGGCACCAUCUUCACCUGGCUCCUGGCCUUGUCCGGCCUGGCAUCCUUCUUCAUCUUCGGCAGCAUUUGCGUGGCGCACAUCCGCUUCCGCAUGGCUUGGAAACUUGCGGGCCACUCCGUCGACGAAAUUCCCUAUCGCGCCUCGUGCGGCGUCAUCGGAUCCUACAUCUGCGCCGUCAUGAACCUCAUCUUCCUCAUUGCGCAGUUCUACAUCGCCCUCUACCCCAUCGCAGGCACGGAGCUCAGCGCGGAGAACUUCUUCCAAAACUACCUCGCCGCGCCCUUCCUACUGCUGCUGUACUGCAUCUGGAAGGGGUACAGCUGGUCGCGCUUCCCGUCGCAUCGCUCCAUGUGGACCAAGCUCAAGGACAUUGAUCUCUACACGGGCAUGCGCGAGGGCCAGAUGCAGAUGAUUAGCGGGCCGGAUGUGUCGGAGGACCAGAGGCGUGCUAGUGUUGCGGAGCUGCAGAAUGAGAAGCCGAAGGGGGCGAUGGGUUAUGCCAAGGCUGUGUUCAGGUCGGUCUUUUGAUUCAGAUCUAUGAAAGGGAUGUGAGGGGGGUUAGGAGAGGAGUUGUAGUGUGUAUACUGCGUAUGAGAUGUUGUGCUG